AUGGUGAAUACCGCACACGUUUCUUCUUCCAAUUCCACAUCGAGUUCUCAAAAGAAACGACAGGAUGAACGCAAUCUGAAAACAUUACGUGAACUCUCCGCUCUACCGGCGAAUCGUUUCUGUUUUGAGUGUGGUCAGCGUGGUCCAACUUAUGUGAAUAUAACAAUUGGGUCGUUUUGUUGUACCAGUUGCUCUGGAAUAUUACGAGGCUUAAAUCCUCCGCAUCGCGUGAAGUCGAUUUGCAUGGCGACAUUCACGAAUGAGGAAAUCGAACGAAUUCGUAGCCUUGGGAAUGAAGAAAAUUCACAUACCUGGCUUGGACUGUAUUCUGGAACACCACCGAAGAUGACAAAUAAAGAGGAGUUCACUGCUUUCUUAAUAAGAAAGUACGAGAAAAAGGAAUGGUAUGUUUCGAGAACAGAACUUGAAGAGCAGGAACGGCUUUUAAACCAGGCCAAGGAGGUUGCAAGUCAAUAAAUUCAUUUUAAGCCUCCCGACCUGGAUCUAUUUUCAAGUGACCAGUUCAGUGCAUUUGGUUCUCCAGUGACUCGGCCGACUGCUCAGCCCUCUCAUGAGUCAGUAUUUCAUCCUGUCGGCCAUAGUGUCUGCGACCCCUUUUCAUCCACUGCUCCAAAGAGCUCUACUUCAGAUUUUGACCCAUUCGCUGAUUUUGAUGUUAAAUUUGGUGAACUUUCUCUCAAGAACUCCUCAACUCUUAACGCUUUCGGAUCGCCUUUGCAAGUUCAACCACUUCCAAAGUCUGCAACCGUCACCUCUUCAUUUCCCACCCAAUUGGUACCUGAAGCAGUAUCUGCAAAUCCUUUCCGGGUUGAUACAUCAUCAUGGGACACUUCAAAUCGAUCGGAAUUAGGUCCUACCUCUACCGAUUUAGAUAACAAUGAUAAGUACAGCGCACUAGCUGAGCUAGACCAGAUGUUCCACCAUACUGCGAAGUCGGACACAGCCAGUAAAGAAAAACCGGCGUGGUUGCCUAGUGGUAUGCUUGACUGUUUCGAUUCUUAUAGGAGUUAA